GAUUCAUCGUUGCUUGCUUGCUUGUUUGCAGGAGAGCAGGAGAUCCCUUGUUGUUGUUGUUGUUGUUGCGCUCAUUCUCUUUGCCUUGUCAACCGUUUUUUUGGGUCAUAGUAGAUGCGACUAGUGAGUGCAUCAGCUUUAGCUCCGCAGAUUUUUGCUCUUGGGUGUUGAUUGUUGUCCUGGAGUUUAAUUUUUCGUGCAUUCUGAGCUAUAUGUGUGACCCUUUUCCAUCCUGAAGGGUUAGGUUGAGAUUUGCGUAGUUUCCGCGUUGAACGGUGCAAGGAUCUCUUGCUGCUUGUUGAUUCUCUUUUAAUUUGAGUUUGUUUUAUUUUUCAGGAACAUAUGCAUGAAUGUGUGUGUGUGUGUGUAUAUGUUUUUAUUGAUUCUAGUUAUAAAUUUUAAUUGGAUUAUAAAGCAGGAGUUCGUUAUUUGAUGGUCUUCUGAGGAGACGUAUGGCGUCUUGACAUGAGCUUCCUCUGUUUGAUCGUUGAUGUGAGUGAAAGCUAUGGCAUUCAUGGAUUCGGGCAGGCGAUCCGGGUGGGAGAAGCUGUUAGGUCCCAGCUUCAAAGACAGGGCUCUUACUGGUGUCAUCAAGGUGGACAAUGUUGCAGGGAAAUCCGCGGUAACACGGACAUUUGCAAAGUAUCCCCUCAAAUUUCUGUUACCGAAUAAGAUUGUCCCGAGUGGUAUUGAUGCAGUGUGGAUUUAUGCCAUCUCUUAUGGCGGGGGCAUUGUGUCGAACGAUUCGAUCUCUCAGAGGGUGGAGGUUGGACCUUCUUGCACUGCCGUCAUUACCACGCAAUCGUCGACAAAAAUUUACAAGUCUGUCGAGGGAAAAUUCUGUGAGCAGAUCCUUCAAGCUUACGUUGGCCGAGAGGGAUUUUUUGCUGUAUUGCCAGAUCCGAUCACAUGUUUCAAGAACUCCAAGUAUACGCAGGUACAGGAGUUCUAUCUUGCAGCAGAUGCUAAUUUAGUCCUCAUAGAUUGGAUGACAAGUGGCCGAGUUGACAAUGGCGAAAGCUGGGAAUUCGAAUUGUACAAAAGCAUUAAUCACAUCUAUUUAGAGGAUGUGAAGGCUGAUUGUAGCAAAUCCACACCUCUUUUUCUCGAUUGCCUGUGUCUGGAGCAAGGUGUAGGGACCUCCGUUGCAGAGCGCAUGCGAGGGUUUCAUGUAGUAGCCAACAUGGUGAUUUAUGGACCAAAACUGGCGGCAUUCCGUGUCAAAGUUCAAAAGAAGGUGCAAGAACUCACACAAAAGGCAUUCACAAGAAGAAAAUCCUGUGAUCUAACGGCCCGUUUACGAGAUUCCAGUCUCUCCGCGGAGUCCCCAAGCACCUCAGAUCCUUUAUUAUUCGUUUCAUGUAGUAGCAUUGGGCCUGCAAAUGAAGGUUUAGUGGUUCGGGCAGUUGCCAGCACCACAGCACUCAUGUAUGACUUUUUCAAAGAGCAGUUGGCUCAUAUUGACUCUCUAAUUGGAGCAUGUCCAUAUGCUGGCAGAUGACUGAAUUUCGGUA